UCGGGCAUGGGUCGGCGGCCGGCGGCGGAGGGCGGCUGAGGGUGGCCGGGGGUGCGCGCCUGGCCCGGCGGUGUGGCCGUUCGCAGCGGGGACCGAGCCGUCGGCUGCAGAGACCCGGCUGCGCGGCCGGAGGCGGGCGGCGGGCAGAGGAUCUCUGCUCCGCGCUGUGCGCGGCCGAGCGGGCGGAGCUGCCCGGGGAGCGAUGCGCUGAGCGCACGGAGGGCCGAGCGCGGGUUCGCUGGCGGCUCGGGGAGUCGACCCAUGGAGCUCAGGAGCACCGGGCGGAGCCUGCGGCCGCCGCCGCCACUACUGCUGCUGCUGCUCCUGCAGGUGGCGGGGCCAGCGGGCACCCUGGCUGAGACCCUGCUGGACGCGUCGAGGGCCAUGGGCGCCAGCUCCAGCCCGCCCAGCCCCGCGAGCGUGGUGGCUCCCGGAACGACGCCGUUCGAGGAGAGUCGACUGCCAGUGUUCACCCUGGAUUACCCCCACGUGCAGAUCCCCUUCGAGAUCACCUUGUGGAUCCUGUUGGCCUCCCUGGCUAAGAUAGGUUUCCAUCUGUAUCACAAGUUGCCCACGAUAGUGCCUGAGAGCUGCCUCCUUAUAAUGGUUGGCCUGCUGCUAGGAGGGAUUAUUUUUGGAGUUGAUGAAAAGUCUCCCCCUGCAAUGAAGACUGAUGUGUUUUUCUUGUAUCUGCUCCCCCCCAUCGUGCUCGACGCGGGCUAUUUCAUGCCCACUCGCCCCUUCUUUGAGAACAUUGGCACUAUUUUCUGGUAUGCUGUGGUAGGGACCCUCUGGAAUUCCAUUGGCAUCGGGGUGUCUUUGUAUGGUAUCUGCCAAAUUGAAGCCUUUGGCCUGAGUGACAUCACUCUGCUCCAGAAUCUACUUUUUGGCAGCUUGAUCUCAGCCGUGGACCCAGUGGCUGUGCUCGCCGUCUUCGAGAACAUUCACGUCAAUGAGCAGCUCUACAUCCUGGUCUUUGGAGAGUCCCUGCUGAAUGAUGCAGUGACAGUGGUCUUGUACAACUUGUUCAAGUCCUUCUGCCAGAUGAAAACCAUUGAGACCAUUGACGUGUUUGCUGGAAUUGCAAACUUCUUCGUUGUGGGAAUUGGUGGGGUGUUAAUUGGCAUCUUCCUGGGAUUUAUAGCGGCGUUUACUACUCGGUUCACGCAUAACAUCCGAGUGAUUGAGCCACUCUUUGUCUUUCUGUACAGUUAUUUGUCCUAUAUAACGGCUGAAAUGUUUCACCUCUCAGGUAUCAUGGCAAUCACUGCUUGUGCAAUGACUAUGAAUAAGUAUGUGGAAGAAAACGUAUCUCAGAAGUCGUACACCACCAUCAAGUAUUUCAUGAAGAUGCUGAGCAGCGUCAGCGAGACCCUGAUCUUCAUCUUCAUGGGCGUGUCCACUGUCGGGAAGAACCACGAGUGGAACUGGGCCUUCGUGUGCUUCACUCUUGCCUUCUGUCUGAUCUGGCGAGCGCUGGGUGUCUUUGUCCUGACUCAGGUCAUUAAUUGGUUCCGGACGAUUCCCCUGACCUUUAAGGAUCAGUUCAUCAUUGCCUACGGCGGGCUCCGAGGUGCCAUCUGCUUUGCGCUCGUGUUUCUCCUCCCUGCUGCUGUGUUUCCUCGGAAAAAGCUGUUCAUUACAGCUGCAAUCGUUGUCAUAUUCUUUACUGUCUUCAUCCUGGGAAUUACUAUCCGACCACUGGUGGAAUUUCUCGAUGUUAAGAGGUCUAAUAAGAAACAACAAGCUGUCAGUGAAGAAAUCCAUUGCAGGUUUUUUGAUCAUGUGAAGACUGGAAUUGAAGAUGUUUGUGGACACUGGGGUCACAACUUCUGGAGAGACAAGUUUAAGAAGUUCGAUGACAAAUACCUGCGGAAGCUUUUGAUUCGCGAAAACCAACCCAAGUCAAGCAUUGUGUCUUUAUAUAAAAAGCUUGAAAUAAAACACGCCAUCGAGAUGGCAGAGACGGGGAUGAUAAGUACGGUUCCUUCUUUUGCAUCUUUGAAUGAUUGUCGUGAAGAAAAAAUAAGGAAGCUCACACCUGGUGAAAUGGAUGAAAUUCGAGAAAUAUUAUCCAGAAAUCUCUAUCAAAUCCGUCAGCGAACUUUGUCCUAUAACAGACACAAUCUGACGGCUGACACAAGUGAGCGACAGGCCAAGGAGAUUCUAAUCCGACGGAGGCACAGUUUGCGAGAAAGUAUCAGGAAAGACAACAGCUUGAACCAGGAGCGCAGGGCUUCCACUUCAACCUCUCGAUACUUAUCCUUACCAAAAAAUACAAAGCUUCCAGAAAAGCUGCAAAAGAAAAAGAAUAUUUCUAAUGCAGGCGGUAACAGCAGUGACUCGGACACAGAUGUUGGGACCACCGUCCUCAAUCUGCAGCCCCGAGCAAGGCGCUUCUUGCCAGAACAGUUCUCAAAGAAAGGCCCCCAGCCCUAUAAGAUGGAAUGGAAGAACGAGGUAGACGUUGAUUCCGGACAGGGGCAGCCUUGUGCCCCCCCAACUCCACACAGCAAAGAGGGGGGCACCCAGACCCCAGGCAUGCUACGGCAGCCCCUUCUCUCCAAAGGCCAGUUUGGCCCCGUGAAGGAAGACAGUGGGACUGAAGGCGUCCUACCCAAGCCACCACCCAGGCUGGUCCGAAGGGCAUCAGAACCUGGCAACCGGAAAGCCCGAUUUGGAAGUGAGAAGCCUUAAUGGAAAUGGCCAAAGCAGAACUGGGAUGACUGACCCGGUGCAGCUAGGGUUCGUUACUCUGAAACCUGACACAACAGUGGGAUCCAUUUAAUACCCUCCAUGCAUCUAAAUACUUUCAUUGGGUAGUAGAGUCACACCAUUGACUGACGGGAUGAAUGCUUAACCCAAGAAGAGGAAAAUCAAAGAAAAAAAGCCCCAUAAAAUGCCUUUUAUGACUUCUCACUAGCACUUAUAUUCUUCGCAAGCCUAAAGAAAAAAAUUGUGUGCCUUUAUUGAACUUGAAUGACAGAACUUGAAGUUUUUAACACACCCAUGUUGGUGAAAAUUUUAAUAUAUACAUAUAUGCCUCAGAUUUUAUUUAUGAAAACCUAUGUAUAUCUGUAAUCAGUUUGUAAGUGAAGGGCGUUAAAAAUACUCUACACCUUUCCAAGGCGUAAAGGGCAGCUCCGGGAGGACGGUGGACCAUCUGCUCAAAGCCAAGGUGUUUUUUCCCAUCCUGAGCUGAUGAGCAGUGGUAAAGGAAGAGCACAGCAUGGAGAAGGGAUGCCUGGUGAACUCAGACUGGGGAGGCAGUCAGAAUGUUUGGGCAGAUGAGAAGGCCUGGCUCCCAGAAUGCAGAUGCCCGUGAAACAAUGAGUCAGCUGGAUUUAAUUUGUUCCUCAUGCUACCAGAUGUUUGAGGGUGACCUAGAGAUUCCAUCUCUUGUGUGUGUUUGAAUGGUGCAAAGAGAAAGGCUGUGUGCAUGACACAGUGUAUGACAGACUUGGUGGCAGCUUUGGAUGAAGUUCCAGUGUGGGCCUUAUGGUGUACGUGGGGAGACAAGGCAGCUGCUUACAACUUGUUGGCAGGUUUUACAUUGUGCAAUACUGGGAGGAGGAUGCAGGAGAUUCCCUUUCAUGCCCAUCUAUGACUACCUGCUAUAGAAUUUUUCUGUAGAACAUUCUAGAACUUUGAAAACAGAUCAGAGGCUCCAAGCAGUUUAUAGAGACAGUAUUCCAACAUUUAACAAAUUGGUGAGCGUUCAGAUUUUGAAAUUUAUUCAGAAAGCACUUUGGAGAAUAUAGGAGUUGUAUUUUUUUCUUUUUUGCACUACUCUAUAAUUUAUCUUUUUGCCCCUCAAUAAAGUAGUGACUCAAAUUCUUUAUAUAAAAAUGGAUGCUACUCAUCUGAGUACUUUUUAAAAGUACAGCAGAAAGACAAGAAGUGGAAUAUAAUCAUUAAAGAUUAAUAUUUGAAUUUCCAUCUUAAACUGUAGAUUUUAUUGGCCUUUUUUUCCUCCCCGAAAAAAAUCCUCUUUAAAACUGAACUGGAGGGAUGCCUGGGUGGCUCAGUCAUUAAGCAUUCGCCUUCAGCUCAUGUCAUGAUCCCAGGGUCCUGGAAUCGAGCCCCACAUCGGGCUCCCUGCUUGGCAGGAAGCCUGCUUCUUCCUCUUCCUCUACCCCUGCUUCUGUUCCCUCUCUCGCUGUCUCUCUCUCUCUCUGUCAAAUAAAUUUAAUCUUAAAAACAAAAACAAAAACUGGACUGGAACAAGACUCUAAAUGUCUGGGUUUAAAUACAAGUGAGGCCAUGCAUACAGUCCCCUGGUUGUGCAUUGGAGAUGCAACCAAGGAUACAAACGACCACAGUAUUGUUAGUAGGAAAACAUUAAUGAAUUAGACUAUACCCAGAAAUCCCCAGGGCUGUUUUUCCUAUCCUCUCCCUUUAACCUCACCAAUGUGGAGAAAUAAAUCUACCCUUUCUCUUAUCUUCCACAGUCUUGGGAUACUGCUACAUUGGGAGUGAGGCAGAGGGAAAGAUAAACGUACAAGGUACAAGUGUUUGAAGAGCACAAUUUCCUUCCCAAACUCUUCCAUGUUGAUCAGUGAAGGCAGGACAGACACCAUUUGAAAACUGUAAGCUUAGGACUCUGUGCCAAGUAUCUUAAUUUUAAAUGAAAAUAUUUAUAUAAAUAAAUAUAUGUAUAUCUAUUUCCUCCUGAAAAGAAAUUAAAACUGACUUUUAACUUAGAAUUUUAUUAUAGGAAUGUGAUUCAUCAAGAGAUGGGAUAUAUAUUUUUGAGAAUGCCAAGAGUAAAUUUUUAGAACUUAAUGAAAAGAAAGUUUAAAGUGGAAAUUGACCUUAAAAAUACAUUUCCUGAUUUUUUCUGGUAUCCUAGAAUAAUAAAUAUUAUAAUAUUAUAAUAGAUAUUGUAAUUUUCUGGAACGAAAGGAGAAAACAUGAAAGUUUUUAUUGAAUUUCUUCUUGUUAAGCAGGUAGACCAAAUUCAGCUUGCACUGAUUAAAAGUCAUAAAGAAUUUGGUUGAAACUGUAUGAAUUAAAAAAAAAAGGAGCACUUAUGUCAUCUUAUUAUCAGUUUAAUUUUCUUAUUUGUUAGAUGACAAAAGCAGUGAAAAAUAAAUUUGACUUCAUUUUGUUUUUUCUCUAUACUUUCUUUUUUCCUAAUAAAAUUAUUAAGUUCUAGACAUUAUAGGAGAAAAUGUGAAACCCUUUAAAUAUCAAAAGUCCAAAUUUCCUGUACUACAGAAAAUCCCCAACCCUUUGUAAAUGACUCCCCUAAUUCAAGUCAUACUUGAUCCAACCAAAGUUCCAGUGUGACUAUACAAUUUUGAUGGGACUUUGGUAUUUGUUGUAACAAAUUUGACUUAAACUACCUAUAAAUGCAAAGUCUAGGCUUAUUUCUUUACCUGUAAUGCUACGGGCUGACUGUUGGGAACAGGACAGUUAGUGAACAACUAGAAAUUGGCUCCAAAGUUCAAAAAUUUAAAAAAAUGUGCAUUUUGUGUACAAGCUCCCAGAAUAUCUGGAACGAAAUUCCCUUUAGCGUUUACUAAGCUUUGUAAUGGGGGAGGGGAGUGUUUAUUUAUAUAAAGAGCAUAGAGAAGUUAUUACAUGUCUCAGUAUGUUUUCCACUUGUCGUACUGCCCAAAUCAUGUUUAUGUUAAAACUGGCAUUUUAUAAAAGUAAGAACUGUAAUAUUGUUAGUUUGAAGUUCACACUUACUUUCCUCUCCAAAGAGUGAUUAAAGAGAUUUCUUUGGUUGAAGUAGGUGUUGGCAUUAUCUGCCCAAGCCUGAACAUUGUAUGUUGAUUCCCUUUGUUAAGAUGAACGAGGAAUGCUCAGGACUCAACUGUCGGAUGAUCUGAGAGAGAGAGAGAGAGAGAGAGAGAGAGUGUGUGUGUGUGUGUGUGUGUGUGUUUAACUUUCAGAGCAAAAUGUGUAGCUUGCUGGUACUUUAUAUCCAACAUCUUAACCAGGCCCUUUCUUGAAUCUGCUUGUAAGGCAGAGAGAACUCCCAUCGGGGUAACUGCUGCCUGGCUGUGACCAUAGCACUUUGUUCAAGAGAAAAGACACCCUCCUUUAGAUUUUUUCCAAUGUCAUUCACUCCACAUGUGGCUGACCCCCUCAAACGUGGUCACCCCCUGCAGAUGUGCGGCCUAAGCACCCACAUGGUUAGUUUUGAACAUCUUCUUUAAUGUUGCAAUGGUACAUAGUUUUUUGAUCCCUUCUGUCUUCUAACUUCCUACAAUUUUUUCAAAGAAAAUUCUAUUUUACUACCUCUAAAAAUAGUCAAGAAAUACCGGUCAGUUCUCUUACCUGUCUCAUCAGAGAAAUAGGUGUUUUUUUGUCUAGAGUUAAUGUAUCUGCUGUCAAUGGAUUAUCAAAUUUUUGAUCUGCAUAGCAUAUUGAUGAUUUUGAAUGGCUGAGAACCGACUUCAGGGGUUUCAUGUUACGGAUGUUUCAUGGGGAUCUGUGUGGUAUGAAAGUGCCCUGUCCAGUAGUCAGAAUGCCAACAAAACACCCUGAAUUACAUAUGCAAAUGUUUUUCUUCUCCCUCCUUUUUAAUUUCACUGGGUCCCGUCAUCACUACAAGUGGUAAAAAAAUUUGCAAUUUAAAUGAGGGCUCUCUGUGUAUUUGGUAAUUAUGCUUGCCAAACAGAAAUUUUAUGUAUGUAUACCAACAAAGAAUUUCUCUUGGUUUCUGUGAAAUGUACAAAAAUCUAAGUGUUGAAUCAGUAUGAAGUGGAAACAGUUAAUGGAAUAAAGAUAAAGAUAUUUAAUCACUAUGGAUAAAAUAAUGCAUCACAAGAAAUCAGGACAGCACCCCAAUUUCGAUUUUUGCAUUUAUAUAUCAAAACCAUUUUCAUGUGUGCUAAAAUGGGAUCAUGAUACCUGGAAUUUGUGAAAGGUAAGAAUUUAAGAGUAUUACAAAUUUGAGUUGCUUUAGCUUCAAAUAUGCAUCAUAUCUCAAAACAGGGAUAACAUUGUUAAUUGUGUUAAAGAAACUCAAAUGAUGAUUAUAACUGGUCCAUUAAUUUUCUCUACGUAAACAGACCCUUGUAAAGUGUUCAAAAAUAAUGCAUGCCUUGGAAUAUUCAUGCUGCCUUCCCACGCCAACUCAAGCAAGACAAAUUAGGUGGAUGCCAUCAACUGUCUUACCAGAUUUAUGGUAAAAUUUAUAAGAUUAUGCAGGAUUCUGUACCAACACAUCAAAUUUUUAGGUUUUCACUAACAUAUAGUUUUUGGCACCUACUCAACAAGGUUUACUGUAUUUGCUACCAUAAUUAUGUACCCCUGUCAGGCAUUCAGUUCAAGUCCUUACCUUUAGCUGGAGAAUGAGUUUGAAAGCGUUACAACUUGACAUACUUUCUUGUUUUGUUCAUUCCUAGAAGAUGGCACAGUGAAGGUGCUCUGAAGGUGACCAGGAGAAAAUGCUCGCUCUUCUCCAUGUCAUGACCGCCUGGCACUGUCAGAAGUUGGCUUAUGAUGCCAGGGCCUAGGUUCCAGCCCAGCCCACAGCACAGACCAGGACAAGCCUGGGUCAUGUACCCAUUCAUGUGCACUCAGAUCUGAGGGCCAGGCCCCAUAGUCAGCAGCAAACGCGUUUAUUACAUCAGGUUCAUUCCGGAGAGUUCAUGUGGUUUCAGUUUCAUUAGGCAAACUCAGAUAGGUUUAGGUGGGUAAGCUAUCCCACAAAAAAAAAAAAAAAAAAAAAAAAAAUUCUCAGUCUGGGUAAGCACCUGAGUCCCAGUGAUUCAAAAUAGAAGAGAUUCUUUAAGCCUAAAGAAAGGUCAUCUCCUAUUCAAUGUUGUAAAUUGCAACUAUUUUUCCCUCCACAGUGUAUGCUUUGGAAAAAAAAAAACGGAUUUUUACUUAUCAGGAUGUAGUAUAGUUUACAACAAGGCUGCAAGGCUGAUCAAAAUAUAAUUUUUUUAUUCGAACAAGGUCCUUAGUCCACUUUUAUGUUAUAGUUUAUGCUAUGUAAUUACGGGUAAUAAUUAACACCUCCUUCCUUAAUGUUUAUAAUUAUCUUUUCCCCUUGAGGAACAGUGCAAGCUGUUUGAGAGUAUCCAAUUCCAAAUUAAAAUCAGCAUUAUCUCUUACAAUGUACUGAAUCAGGAAAACAGAAAUUGUCUAUAUUGUGUUCGUACACAGCUGUCUGUGAAGUGGUGAGUUUAGGUGAUCUGUUGGGGAGAAAUGAGAAAUCUACUGUAAAAUAUUGUGUUAAAAUAAGUUAGUAUUUGUGUAUCUGAUUAAGUACAAAUAAAUCCUACUGAUGAGAUGUCAUCUUAAAACAAUUUGCUUGCCAAAGAUGUGCAAUAAAUUUCAGAUUAUGUAUA